AAGAAAACAAAAAGUCAAACAACACAGAAAUUCAAAGUUCCAUUUUCAUAAUCUUGAAAGUUUUUCCCCAUUGGAAAUCAAAGAUGAAAAUACUGCAUUUAUGAGGGUCUUCAAAAUAAUUAAAUAUAUAUUAUUAUUAUUUUAAUGGCAUGUAUGUUAUGAAUGAAUGUCACCGCCGGCGAGGCCUAAAGACGCCGCCGAUGUUAUUAUGACUAAGGCCACCGGCAGCAGAUCCGGCAGCCCCACAAACACCACUGACAAUUCUGUCAAACCUGAAAAGAAAAAGAAGUGUAUUAUUCCAAAGAUAUUUGGUUCCAAGAAAAACAGCAGAGAAAGCUCAGAGGAGGAUAUUCUUCAAUCAGAUGAAAAUGAAAACGAAAAUGAAAUGGAUAAAAGUAUUACAUCAAGAGGAAAAAGUUUUAUGGAGGCAUCAACCUCCAUUAGAAGAGGUUUCUCAGAAAGGCAUAGUAGCAGCUUGGGGAUUGAAAGCCUAAACCUCUCGAGUUUCGAUCAAUCAAUGGCAUCUGCUACUACGUUAGUUCAAGACAUUCGGGUUUUCGUUGCUACGUGGAAUGUAGGAGGCAACGCACCUAACCACGGACUCAAACUCGAGGAUUUCUUGCAAGUAGAGGGCUCUGCGGACUUAUACGUACUCGGGUUUCAAGAAAUUGUUCCAUUAAGUGCUGGAAAUGUAUUAGUGAUUGAAGACAAUGAGCCAGCAUCAAAAUGGCUAGCACUCAUAAGCCAUGCACUCAACAAACCCUACCACGAUUACGUUUGCUCCUCGUCGAACUCGAGCGUAAAUUCAAGAAACUCGAAGGACUCGAGCGUAAAUUCAAGAAACUCGAAGGACUCAAAGUUAAAUAACAAUAACAACCACAACAACAUAUUUCACAAGCCAUCUUUGAAAGCACUUAGCAAGAAUCUGAGAAUGGACAGUGAACUUCUGAAGACGUGCAGUUGUUCAAGAAAGGAGAUUCGAGACGACGCUCGUUCGUCGCCGCCGUUGGAUUAUUCCCGUCAGAGCAUGGAUAACGACAGUUUCGUUUCAAUGGCCGAGAUUUCCUUGCCCGCGACGAGAUCGAUGAAUUACCAACUCGUUGCUAGCAAGCAAAUGGUCGGGAUAUUCCUUUCGGUAUGGGCUCGUCGGGAUGUCGUGAAAGAUAUCGGACAUUUGAGGAUUUCUUGCAUGGGAAGAGGAAUCAUGGGAUGUCUUGGCAAUAAGGUACUCCGUGUGAUUUGGUUAGGGGAUUUGAAUUAUCGAGUGGGAUUGAGGUAUGAAGAAGCAAGGAUUCUGUUGGAGGAUAAUAAUUGGGACUCACUCUUGGAGAAAGAUCAGCUGAAUACGGAGAAAGAAGCGGGAAGAGUGUUUGGCGGGUGGAGUGAAGGCAAGAUACUAUUUGCUCCGACGUACAAAUACUCUCAUAAUUCCGAUUCGUACGCCGGAGAAACUACCAAGUCCAAGAGGAAAAGGAGGACCCCCGCCUGGUGCGACAGAAUACUAUGGCGAGGCAACGGAAUCGAACAGCUGUCGUACAUACGAGGAGAGUCGAGAUUAUCCGACCACAGACCCGUUUGCGCAGUCUUCGCGGUGGAGGUUGAGGUGAAGAGCAAAGGAAUCGCAAGAUUCCGAAAGGGAUAUUCCUGCGCCGGCACCAAGUUGGAACUUCAAGAAUGCUUGCCUCAAAGGCACAGCUUCUGCCAUUUUUAGCUUUUAGCUUUUAGCUUUUAAGUUUUAUACCAUCAUCUCUCUACUAAUUUUGUUACUUUCCCAUCUUUCUCUAUUUAUUUCAUCCAAAUUGUGAAUAUGCAUAUAAAUAUAUAUU